GUUCCCCUACAAAUAGAAGUUGAAAUUACUUUUGGAAACACAUUACAAAACGUCGGACUACAUACUGGUGACUUUUUCUAUUGCUGCGUCGCGGUUGGAGGUGGUUUUGAAGGAGAUUUUCUGUUGGCAUUCCAUUGCACCUGUCACGCAACUUUAAGUUGUUUGGUUCGUAUUUCUCUUUGUGCGCCUAGUUAACGAUUGAAUCGAAGCGUCAAAAAACUGUUGACAUUUUUAUCAACAGCAGCGCAACAGUUAUGUUUAAACAGCAGCCAUAAUUCAUAUUACACUGAGCUUUCUUUCCAUUCAGACUGCUCACCAGACUGAUUCAAAAUGGGAAUUAACGAGGAGUUCGAUGAGAUGCUACGAGAGAUCGGCGGAUUUGGCCGCUACCAGGUUCGCCAAUACGUACUUUUCAGCCUGUGUAUGAUGUUUGGCUCCGUCAGCUUCAUUGGAUUCAUAUUCACUGCUGCUAUUGUCCCGCACAGGUGUAUGGUUGAAACUUGCGGGGAAACCAGCAAAAAUUAUACAUUUCAAACUCCUUGGCUGAAUCAGGCUGUGCCGUUUAAUGACCACGGGGUGCCGCAUUCGUGUCUCAUGUACCAGUCUCUCAAUGACUCCUCAAACACAUGCAGUUUUAAUAAGGACGUUGAGGAAUGUAGCUCUUUGGUAUACAACGGGGAGGAAAACACGAUUCAAACUGAGUUUGGGUUAGCGUGUCCAGAUAAUGAAUGGAAGCUGGCACUGGUGGGAACAGCUCACGGUUUCGGAGCAAUGAUCGGACUGCCAUUAGCUGGAUUUUUUUCUGAUAGAUUCGGAAGGAAAACUACGCUGACGAUAGUGCUCGUCAUGUCAAGUGUAUUGUGCUUGGUGAAAACCCUCGCCACUAAUUACGGAACAUUUAUGUUUCUGGAAGCGUUAGAGGCUAUUUUUGGUGGAAAUAUUUUUUCCAUCUGUUUCAUUUUAGCCUUUGAGAUGGUCACUCCCAAUAAGAGGAUCCUAGGGUACAUGGUGAUCGUGAUUUCAUUCGCCAUGGGCAAUGCUAUUGUCGGAGGUGUCGCCUGGGCUGUUAAGGACUGGAGAUACAUUUUAUAUACAACUUGCGCACCGGCACUGCUUUUUGUUUUUUACUAUUGGCUCUUGCCAGAAUCAGUGCGUUGGUUGAUUGCCAGAGGAAGGCUGGGCGAUGCCAAGAAACAGAUUCUACACGCAGCUAAAGUGAACAAAGUCACGCUAGGAAAGGAGUGGAUGAAGGACUGGCAAAAUGGACAAAUCUACCGAGUGGAUAAGGAGAACAACGGAGACUCUCUGUGGAAGUCACUGAAGCAAGUCAGCAAAAGCCGCGUCUUGUUGGUCAGACUGGCAGUCUGCUCAUUUUGCUGGAUCUCCGCGGAUCUCAUCUACUACGGAUUGUCUUUGAAUUCAGUUGAACACGCGGGGACGGCCAACAAAUAUGUGAACUUCAUUCUAACAAGUAUGGUGGAAGCUCCUUCGUACAUUGUCACCUGGGUGAGCCUGAAAAAACUUGGGCGCAGGAUGACUUUGUGCCUCACAUUCCUGCUUUGCGGGGUAGCCUGCUUCGCCAGUCCGUUUGUGCCAGAAAGUUACAGAGCAGUCCGUCUUCCCAUAUAUCUUCUCGGCAAAUUUGCAAUCACAUCCUCUUACGACACGCUCUACGUGUUCACCGCUGAAAUUUACCCAACCAAGCUUCGAAACUCGCUUCUCGGCAUUUGCAACAUGAUGGGCCGCUUCGGCACAAUGAUUGCUCCGCAAACGCCCCUUAUGAGCCGCUUGACACCGCUAUUUCCACUUGUGUUUUUCGGUGCGCUGUCCACGGCUGCUGGAUUCCUGGCACUUUUGCUGCCGGAGACCAGAGGAAAACCACUGCCAGUGACGAUCAAAGAAGCCGAAGACCUGAAUAUGAAGACCGUACAGCCAAAAUCAAAGGGAAAGCCCGUGGUCGAGAAUCAAAGUGUCGUUACUAGGUUUUAAUUAUUAUUAUCAAUACUUGAUGUUUUUAUAAGUGGUAUAAUAUUGAUG